CAGCUGGCAUGCUAAUUCAAACAAUUAACAUUAAGCUGUAAAAAUUUCAAGCUCCCAAAUUUAGCUUCCCCUUUAUGGGGUUCUUUCUUUGUUCAGAUCAGGGAUACAUUUGGGAUAUCAGAUCCAUAUCUUUCAAAAGCAACCAUACUGGUCCUGCCAAAGUGUCUUUGACCUCUCAGAGCUUAUCAGAUAUCUUGUAGCCUUUAUGGUGUCAAAUUCCACUUGGGUCCAAAUAGUUCUUCUGCCCUCCCCAAGGUCUGAUGUCACUGACUGCAAGUGCAUUUAGGAUGCUCAGCAAAUGUUUGCUUGGAACUCCAUUAUAAUUUACCGUGCUUUUUAAAAAAGAAACUGGACUGUUCUUCUUAGCUCUCUUGGUUGUCUCUCUAACGUACAGAACUCUAAAAGAAUUGAACUUGACCAUUUAAUGAACCAGGCUUCUGUCCUUCAAGAAACUGGCUGAAAAGACUUUGAAAUAUGUUCUUUUCAUCUUUCAUCUAUGCAUCUGUGUAAAUAGGCAGAAUGACUACCUCCAGCAAACAGUCGGUAGUAAACUCCUUGGCCAAAAUAUUUGAUCCUAAUGCUUUACAAAACCAGCGACUUGAAGAGGAGCCCUCAUUUGCUCUGCAUAUAUCAAAUAAAAAUGUCAGUUUCGCUGAAAACACAAGUGUGCUGGAUAUGAAGGUUGCUUCCUUGGAUCAGAAAAUAAGCAGACUGUUGACUGUGCAAGACAAUGUUCUUCAGAAAUUGGAUUGUGUUUCACAGGAAAUUUACUCUAUGGAAAAGUGCAUGGAUCUCUUCAAAGGAAAAGGAAAAGAAUCUGUAGCUGGACCUUCCACCAUAACAUUUGAAAAGCCAAAUAGUUCUGAUCUCACGACCUGGUGCAUAGAAAUUGACAAAAAGCUAUGUGAUAUGAACAAGAGUGCCGAGCAACAAGCCAAAAGGUUAGAUGGACUUGAACAAGUUGUACUGGGGGUUCAGCAGCUCCUUGGCUGUUUAGUAGAAAAAGUAAAGACUUCUACAAUCUCUGAUCUAAUACAUAGAAAUGAAGCUCCUAAUAAACUCCUUAAAGUUGGUGGCUAUCUUAGAAAAGACAGAACAGGAAAUCUUUUCAGGAUGCAGACAUUCUCAGAUAAAAAGGAUGCAUUGUCCAGCAAAUGGAACGAAAAGGAAAGAUCAUAUCUGGCCGGAAAGGAAACAAAAUCUAUAAAAAAGAAGAAACCACCAGAUUCCUCAGAGGAAUCUGAUGAAAACUCAGAAUCAUAUUCUCACUCAGAAAAGGUCCAUAAACUCAACAAGGAGAAUACUGAGAAAGCAGGCACUCUUUUUGUUCAGAAGAGUCUCCUUAAAUCUCAUACUCAUGAUUCAAAGGAGAAUGCAGAAGAAAAUCAUAGCAAAAAUCUAAAAAGCUCUCUACAGAAGACAACAGGAAAAAAACAGGCAGACGCAAAGGCCAAGGAAGUUAGUAAAGAUUCGAAUGGUGAAGAUACAAAGAGUGACGCUUUAGGAGUUGCAAAAAAGCAUGAGAGGUCUGAAGAAACCCCAAAGAAAGCUGAAAGAGGUGCUGAAGGAACAAAUUCUAGCAGGAAAAAAGAAAUGGAAGUAGCAGAAACUACAGCUCAAAGUGAAGAUACAGUAGAUGUCAAUGAUCCAUCAAAAAUCCAGAAUCAAGAUGUCAAGCAUAAAGACAAUGAAAAAGCCUCAUUCUCUCAGAAAGAUGAGCAGAACAGCAGCAAUGAUAGCCCACCACCUCCGGCUCCUUUUGAUCAUCGGACUGUCUCAGCAAAAAGAUCAGGGAUCAAUAACUUUUAUCAUGUCCUCAAGGGUGAAGUUUUGGGAGGUGGACGAUUUGGCCAGGUGCAUAAAUGUGAAGAAAAAUCAACAGGUCUCAAAUUAGCAGCCAAGAUUAUAAAAGCGAGAAGUACAAAGGAAAGGGAAGAAGUAAUGAAUGAGAUCAAUGUAAUGAAUCAGUUGAACCAUGUGAACCUCAUUCAGCUGUAUGAUGCUUUUGAAUCAAAAAACGACAUGGUUCUCAUCAUGGAAUACAUGGAGGGAGGAGAACUGUUUGAUCGAAUUAUUGAUGAGAACUGCAACUUGUCAGAGAUGGAUACCAUCUUGUUCAUAAAGCAAAUAUGUGAAGGGAUUCAGUACAUGCAUCAGAUGUAUAUUCUCCACUUAGACCUGAAGCCUGAGAAUAUCUUGUGUGUGAAUCGAGAGGCAAAUCAAGUAAAGAUUAUUGACUUUGGGCUGGCAAGGAGAUAUAAACCAAGGGAGAAGCUUAAGGUCAAUUUUGGCACUCCAGAAUUCCUUGCUCCUGAAGUUGUGAACUACGACUUUGUGUCCUUCCCUACUGACAUGUGGAGUAUAGGUGUCAUUGCUUACAUGUUGCUCAGUGGAUUAUCUCCUUUUCUGGGUGAUGACGAUAAUGAGACGUUGAACAACAUCCUGGCUUGUCGGUGGGACUUUGACGAUCAAGAAUUUGAAAAUGUGUCUGAAGAAGCCAAAGACUUUAUCUCUAAGCUUCUCAUUAAGGAAAAGGGCUGGAGAAUAAGUGCAACUGCAGCCUUAAAACAUCCUUGGCUAUCUGACCAAACACUCCAUUGCAAACGUCAGUCUAAGAAGAAGGCUAAUGCUUCCGCUGGAUCUCAAGCACCUGCGGCUCCAUAACCUCUCUGAGAAAUGAAAG